GGCACAAUAUAUUCCAGUCUAGGGUUUGCUGCUGAAAAGCCCGCUGGAUCCUCCACUGACCUGCUGUUCUUUCAUUUUUAUUUUUAUUUUUUCAUAUUUUCAUAUUAAAAAAAGAAAUCUAACGCACACACUCCCUUCAUCUCCGUCUUCUCCCUCCCCUUCUGCAGCAGCGCUCGGCGUGUCACAGAAGAGGAGGAAAGACCAAGCAGAGAAGAAGGAAGGAGGAAGACUGAUAAGAGGAGAGCAAGUCCAGGGUCUUCUCAUGACACUCUUGGAUAAACAAGCAUCGGACUGAAUUUGCCAGAAGAAGAAGUGGACUUUCUGAGCGUGUAACCGGUGGAGGGCAGAGGAGUGGAGGGCCAGGGGACCAACCUGGCCAUCAAACGGACUGGAAGCCUCUCCUCUCCUGGGAUCAUGUACCCUCAGGGCAGGCAUCCGGUCCCCUUGCAACCUGGCCAGUCUUUCAAGUUCACCGUCCUGGAAACUCUGGACCGAAUAAAGGAGGAAUUCCAGUUUCUCCAGGCCCAGUAUCACAGCCUGAAGCUGGAGUGUGAGAAGCUGGCCAGCGAGAAGACGGAGAUGCAGCGGCACUACAUCAUGUACUACGAAAUGUCCUACGGUCUUAACAUAGAGAUGCACAAACAGGCGGAGAUUGUGAAGCGUCUCAGUGCCAUCUGCGCUCAGAUCAUCCCUUUCCUCUCCCAAGAGCACCAGCAACAGGUGGUCCAAGCAGUGGAGCGGGCCAAGCAGGUCACAAUGGCAGAACUCAACGCCAUCAUCGGGCAGCAGCAGCUCCAGCACCUGUCCCACCACGCCCCAGGCAUCCCCCUCACGCCGCACCCGUCUGGGUUGUCUCUUGGUGCAGGCGGCUCCGGGCUUCUGGCGCUAACGGGAGCGUUGGGGGUGUCGGCACACCUCGCCUCCAAAGAUGAGCGAAACCACCUUGACCCGGAGCAUCUCCGAGAGGGAGCGCCCAGCAGGAGUAAGUCGGUGUCGUCGACAGACAGUCAGCCCCCCGAAGAGCGUCAGGGGCCAUCAGGUGGCUACGCCUCCUCGCAGGGGGGAGGGGAGGCCAAGCGACGACGCUGCGAUGACAAAGAGCCCCUCCCACCGCACUCCUAUGACAGCGAUGGAGACAAAAGUGAGGACAAUCUGGUUGUGGACGUAUCCAAUGAGGAGCCAAACUCUCCAGCGGGAAGCCCGCCCCAUUCUCCUCGAGGGGACGGUUUGGACCGGGCCCCCGCCCUAAGGAAAGACCUCCCGGGCUCUUCAGGCCCAGCAGAGGGGCCCACCACCCCAAACCCCUGUAGCCCCGCCCCAGGAAAGGCCAAAGAUCCCACACAGAUGGACAAGUCCCAGUCGCCGAUGUCCAAGUCCAGCACCCCAUCCCCAUCCCACCGUGAGGCACUUACCCCAGGAGCUCCUGGAGGGCCGGGUCCCAGCACUUCCUGCCUACGUCUGGUCAGCAAAGCGGCGUCCGCGGCGGACCCGCUCGCACUCCGCAGCCCCAUGUCUGUGCCCCCCGGUUCAUACCCGGCUCAUUUUGGCGUGGUGUCCCACGCAGGACUGAACGGCGAGCUGGCCAGCCCGGGAGGGUUUGGCGGGGCCUUGACUCUCUCGCCCCAAAUCAGCGCAGCAGCCAGCGCCUACACCAGAAGUCCCAUGGUGGCUUACGACUCUCGUUCUCACCUGAGGGCCUCGGGCCUGUCGUCCUCUCUGCCGGGUUCCUCUGGUGGCAAACCGGCGUACUCGUUCCACGUGAGCGCAGACGGCCAGAUGCAGCCGGUGCCCUUCCCCCCCGACGCCCUGCUGGGCCCGGGCAUCCCUCGCCACGCUCGGCAGAUCCACAGCCUGAGCCACGGCGAGGUGGUGUGCGCCGUCACCAUCAGCGCCUCCACCCGCCACGUCUACACGGGCGGCAAAGGCUGCGUCAAGGUGUGGGACAUCAGCCAGCCCGGCAGCAAGACUCCCAUGGCCCAGCUGGACUGUCUGAACAGGGACAACUACAUCCGCUCCUGUAAGAUCCUUCCUGAUGGGCGGACCUUGAUCGUGGGCGGCGAGGCCAGCACGCUGUCCAUCUGGGAUUUAGCCACGCCCACCCCUCGCAUCAAGGCGGAGCUGACGUCGUCGGCCCCGGCCUGCUACGCUCUGGCCAUCUCGCCCGACAACAAGGUCUGCUUCUCCUGCUGCAGCGACGGCAACAUCGUGGUCUGGGACCUGCACAACCAGACCCUGGUCAGGCAGUUCCAGGGCCACACGGACGGAGCCAGCUGCAUCGACAUCUCCAAUGAUGGCACCAAGCUGUGGACGGGAGGACUGGACAACACGGUCCGCUGCUGGGACCUUCGAGAGGGGCGCCAGCUGCAGCAGCAUGACUUCACCUCACAGAUCUUCUCUCUGGGAUACUGUCCCACCGGCGAGUGGUUGGCUGUGGGAAUGGAGAGCAGCAACGUGGAAGUCCUGCACGUCUCCAAGCCUGACAAGUACCAGCUGCACCUUCACGAGAGCUGUGUUCUCUCUCUCAAGUUUGCAUACUGUGGCAAGUGGUUUGUGAGCACAGGAAAAGACAACCUGUUGAAUGCCUGGAGGACCCCGUAUGGAGCAAGUAUUUUCCAGUCCAAGGAGUCGUCGUCGGUGCUGAGCUGUGACGUCUCUCCGGACGACAAGUACAUCGUGACGGGUUCCGGGGACAAGAAGGCCACAGUGUACGAGGUGGUGUACUGAGAGCCUCUGGACGGGAAGAGACAGUGCGGCGACUCCGGGAUGCUUUUCUUUUGCUUUUAUACCAGAAGGGGUGGAGAGGGCAGCCAGUUGCCUUGACGACCGCAUCAGCAGCCCCGUCCUCUCGACCCUCACACGUCACACCUUCUUCACUCACGCAGCCUAAAGAUAGCGGAGGAGCGUGUGUGCGGAUAGAAUGUCAAUAGAAUUGGGAGGGUGGGUUUGCUAAUUAGGGUUCUUUCCUGCUUAAGAGCUCAGCUGGAAGUGGGUGGGGGGGUGCUGCUGAUGGCGAGCCAGCCAGGAGCGCUGAUAGCACACAAUCGAUUCAUUAGGCAGACAGAGGAGGCUUUAAUGA